UUACUUCAAGCCAAGUUGCAUUGUACAUUCUGAUUUCCCAUUCUUGCCCAAUCAUUCCCUCAAAUACCUCAACCAUCAACGAACCUUGCCAUCCAAUCCCAACCCCAUAAACCAUGUCGACUUAUAUCGGAACCACCGCUCCCACAGACCCUGCAGAGGCGAACAAGGUCAAAGUCGAAAACCCCGGCACCGUGACAUCGGACUCUUUGGCCGCCGAGUCAAUCAACCAGGGCGGUCAAUUCGCAGCCGACAGCAGCUCCCGCGGCCCCAACGGCCCAGCAUCCCAUUCCACCACGACCAACACCACCGAUGCCUCGAAUGCGACCGAGCUUCCUGCAGCAAGCAAUCACCCGUCACGCCCGGAUGGCAAGAGCAAGGCGGACUCCGACGCCGUGAUAAACGAGGGACGGGUUCCCGUGAAGCACGAGGUGGUCGACCCAAACAGCCAGUUCCAGAAGCCCAAGGGCAAGGAUUUGCAUGAAGGUGGUUUCGAUUCAAGCGCACCCAACGCUUCGUUCCGCACAGAUAUCGGCAGCAAGCGUGACCCCGGUCGCGUUGCAUUGCAAGGCCUCGAGGCGAGUAAUGCCGCAGCCGGCAGCACCGCUGGUACUCGGCAGGUCGCUGUCUCCAACGACGGACAGUUCGAUGCUCUCAAGCAAGAACAGGCGUAGGAGGUCAUUGUCUUGCAGGAGGUCUUCUAGGGUGCAUAUUUCAAUGCGCUGAAUCUGUGAUAUUCACUCGGUCGACGACCGGGCAGUGUAAACUUAGUCUUCAGUAACGCGAAAAUGAUUCAUGAGCUAUUACCAUCGCGCU